ACGAUGAAGUCUUGCUGUGUUGUCACCAUCUGUUUACUUUGCACAGGAACAAAGUGCUUCAAAGCAAACAUGAUGAAAUAAACAGACGAGUCAAGUUGCGAAAAACGGCAAAGCUACAUUGCACAAGGGCUCCAGAACGGAAGAUAUCUCGAUAACGUUUGCGAAACAAAUUACAGCCAGAGGAAAUAGAGCUAUUAUUUGUUCUAAGUACGCAAUAGUUCUGAGUGUCCCUCUACUGCGCGAGGAUGAACGUGGGCACGGCACACAGUGAGGUCAAUCCAAACACACGAGUGAUGAACAGCAGGGGUAUAUGGCUCUCCUAUGUGCUUGGCAUCGGCCUCUUACACAUCAUAUUGCUCAGCAUACCCUUCGUCAGCGUGCCUGUGGUCUGGACCCUCACCAACCUUAUCCACAACUUGUGCAUGUAUAUCUUCCUACACACGGUAAAAGGAACACCGUUUGAGACUCCGGACCAAGGAAAGGCCCGGCUUCUGACCCACUGGGAACAGAUGGACUACGGGGUCCAGUUCACCGCCUCUCGAAAGUUUCUCACCAUCACCCCUAUUAUACUGUAUUUCCUGACCAGUUUCUAUACAAAGUAUGACAGGGUCCACUUCAUCAUCAACACCAUUUCCCUGCUCACUGUGCUUAUCCCCAAACUGCCUCAGUUCCACGGGGUCCGUCUCUUUGGAAUUAAUAAGUACUGACGAGGCUUUGAUCUUCAGCACAAGAGGAUGUGUGGCCCCUUACUCUGUGGGAAUAAAAAAAGGGGGAAAUUUAGGGCUUCAUCGGAUGCUCUGCUGCUUUGCGGUCAAAGUGGCUGAAAAAUCUGCUAUGGUAUCACUUUUAUUGAUGUUUUUUGUAUAACAUUCAGUAGAUACAAACACAAUUGUAGAACCACCAGCAGAAUGCAGCAAAAGAGGGUCUCUGGAUAUGUUAGGACCACCGUUAUACUCUGUAUUGAAACGGAGAGUGUUGGUUAACUGUGUUAUGUACGUCAUUUGGACCCGUGUGUUAGAUUUCAGUCACUUUGGCAGAAAUGCUACAUUGAUGCAGUGAAUCAGAUGGGUCAAAAUAGGCCGGUUCAUCUCUUCUUAACUGUUUUGGGGGCCUGAGUCAGCACUUCCCAAUGUUCCCCACCCCAAUGUUCAGCACUGGGGUGUUUAAAAAGAGAAAAAAGGUACUGUGUUUCUGAAGAAAGUGUACAAGGCUAUUUUUAGCCAAAAGACUGGCUUCAAUUCCAUUGUUGGACAAUGUCACCCUGUCCUGAUAAAACUUUUGCCAGAUCCGUAUUUCAUGUUUUUAGAUUUAAAACAAAACUUGUUGAAUUUUAUAUAUGCACAACCUGUUAAAAUGUUUUAAUCAUGUGUUGGUUGCAGCGCUACAUAUCUAGUCUUUCACUCUUUUAUAACAUGCACUAAUAUUGAAGAACAAAAAAAAGUUAGUUGCACGCAUGGGAAUUAAAAACCUGUAAGAGUGGCUUCAGAUGGGGAGAACGGGUACAAGGGAAUAUUGAAUUGGAUCUUUUUUUCCCCCCAAGAGAGCAGUCUAACUGUGCAUAU